GACACAAAGCUCCGCUUGCUGAAACCAAGCCGCCGCGGAGCCGCACGACGCCCUCCUCCUGCCGCCACCGAGCCUGCCCCUCCGGCUGCCGUCCCGCCAUGAGGAAGCGCCUGGAGCCCCGUCUCGUCCGGUCCCUGGCCACCGCCACCGUCUCGUCCGCCCACCCGCCGCUCCCAUCGCCCUCCUUCUCGUCCCCGAAGCCGCCCCGCACCGCGGCGCCGUUCCUCGCCGUGCUCUUCCGCCGGGGCCGCGCGGACGCCGCGGCGCUCCUCAACCGCCGCCUCCGCGGGGCGCCCGUGACGGAGGCGUGCUCCCUCCUCUCCGCGCUCCCGGACGUCCGCGACGCCGUCUCCUACAACACCGUCCUCGCCGCGCUCUGCCGCCGCGGGGGCGACCACCUGCGCCAGGCGCGCUCCCUCCUCGUCGACAUGUCGCGGGAGGCGCACCCGGCCGCCCGCCCCAACGCCGUGUCCUACACCACGGUCAUGCGGGGGCUCUGCGCGUCCCGCCGCACGGGGGAAGCCGUCGCGUUGCUCCGGUCCAUGCAGGCCAGCGGCGUCCGCGCCGACGUCGUCACGUACGGCACGCUCAUCCGCGGACUCUGCGACGCCUCGGAGCUCGACGCGGCGUUGGAGCUUCUGGAUGAGAUGUGCGGGAGUGGUGUUCAGCCCAACGUGGUCGUGUACAGCUGCUUGCUUCGUGGGUACUGCAGGUCCGGCAGGUGGCAGGAUGUAGGCAAGGUGUUCGAGGACAUGUCCCGUCGGGGGAUCAAGCCGGAUGUGAUCAUGUUCACUGGUUUAAUCGAUGACUUGUGUAAAGAGGGAAAGACGGGUAAGGCUGCAAAGGUGAAGGACAUGAUGGUGCAGCGGGGGCUGGAGCCAAAUGUGGUGACAUACAAUGUGCUCAUCAAUUCCCUGUGCAAGGAAGGAUCGGUAAGGGAGGCACUGACAUUGAGGAAGGAGAUGGAUGACAAGGGUGUGGCACCAGAUGUCGUGACAUACAAUACCCUGAUCGCAGGGCUUUCUGGUGUGCUUGAGAUGGAUGAGGCAAUGAGUUUCCUUGAGGAGAUGAUUCAGGGAGAUACUGUAGUUGAGCCUGAUGUGGUCACUUUCAACUCAGUUAUACAUGGACUAUGUAAGAUCGGUCGGAUGACACAAGCAGUCAAAGUUCGUGAGAUGAUGGCCGAGAGGGGGUGUAUGUGUAACUUGGUGACUUACAACUAUCUGAUUGGUGGAUUCCUUAGGGUUCACAAGGUUAAGAUGGCUAUGAAUCUAAUGGAUGAGCUGGCAAUUUCUGGAUUGGAACCUGAUUCGUUCACCUAUAGCAUAUUGAUAAAUGGCUUCAGCAAGAUGUGGGAAGUUGACCGUGCGGAAAAGUUCCUGUGUACAAUGAGGCAACGUGGGAUAAAAGCUGAACUAUUUCACUACAUUCCUCUGCUUGCAGCUAUGUGUCAACAGGGAAUGAUGGAGCGAGCUAUGGGUUUGUUCAAUGAAAUGGAUAAGAACUGUGGACUCGAUGCUAUCGCAUAUAGCACAAUGAUCCAUGGUGCCUGCAAAUCAGGGGAUAUGAAAACAGUUAAACAAUUGAUUCAGGAUAUGCUUGAUGAGGGUCUGGCUCCUGAUGCCGUGACAUAUUCUAUGCUAAUCAACAUGUAUGCAAAAUUAGGAGACCUAGAAGAAGCUGAGAGGGUGCUUAAACAGAUGACUGCAAGUGGCUUUGUGCCUGAUGUUGCUGUAUUUGAUUCUCUGAUCAAAGGCUACAGCGCUGAAGGCCAAACAGACAAGGUUCUUAAAUUGAUACAUGAAAUGAGAGCCAAGAAUGUAGCCUUUGAUCCAAAAAUUAUUUCUACCAUCAUCCGCCUCCCUCAACAGACGCCGUUGCUCUAGUCUGCCACUACCACCUCCGUCCCUUGCAGCCAUUGGUCUUGCAAUCAGCUCCACCGUCCCUCACUCCCAUCCACCACUAUCGUGUAGCCUUGACUGGUCAUGCCCUAGACACCACAGAUGGAUCUGAUCGCAAAUGUGACUAGCUUGCUAUGUAGAAUCUGCUGAAGAUGGUGUACAACUACUACGCCUCUGGCACAGGACAUCAAUUGACUCAAGGAGAACAGAGAGGCGUCCUCCAAAAUUCUUUGGCAUGCGUCAUGACUACACUUCUAUAUUAGCAAAUGAACAUUGCAUAUGUUCAGUGUCCCACGGUAUAAGCUGCAGUUUUUUGAGGAAAGGUAAAAGCUACAGUUCCAUGCUUCCAUGGAAAUCUGCUGCAAACGCUUUUCACAGGCAACAGAAUAGAGUUGAGUGCAAACAGACGUUCUGGCUAGUCCAGACCGAUGCCGGCCGCCAGCAACCAGACGGUCACCCCUGGCCCUCGAUGAAGGUCGACUCCUCGUCCUCGCAAAUUUAACGCUGACAUGCGGCUGGAGCACACGGAGAAGGUGUUCACUGUUCAGUGAGAGCGUAGUGUUCAAAAGGGGAGGCAAGAAGGAAGCAUGUAGUUCAGGGGUAGUAUUGACAAAAAUGUCAGUCUCAGCGUCACGUGCCAAAUGUGACAAUCCUACUCUAAGAUAAAAUUGAUAGUUUUUUAAGGCCAUGGAUUCAUAAUAGUAACAACUACUCUUUUCAUUUGAAAUUGUAAGUGGUUCUAACUUUUAUAGAUACAUAUUUUUUUUAUGUAUCUAGACAUAAAGUAUA